AUGGAAAGGGUUUAUUCGUUCAGCAAACAUAACUCAAAUCGACAUUUCCCAUCGAAAACAGUUACAUUUGAGCUUGACGUGAAAAAAGCGGAAGUCGAAAAGCAACAGAAGGAGAGAGAAAGGGAAAAAACAGCAAAGAAAGCAACAGCUGCAAUGGUGUCUGUGCCGCUUGGUGCACCACCAACCUAUGCCGAAUCGAGGAAAGACGUCGUACUAGCAAGUAAUGUGAUGCCAAAUAACGCUCCAGAAAAACGGCAAUUGGUAGCCAAGGCGGUGCAAAUUUCUGAAAAACCCAACCAGACGAGCACCACAACUGCCUCUGUGUCCACCACUCAAAAUGAAAGUGCCGCAGGAUCACUGAAAGCAGGUGUUAUUCCACGUCUUGUACCUCAAGGCAGAGAAGAAAAGGAUGAAGCACCUAUGCCUACUCAGCUACCAGCAACGGCGAGUUUAGCGUCUUCGUUACCUGUCUCAGCAAAACCACCCACCCUACCUUCAAACAAAUACACAGUAAACGCCCCAAAAGGACGACGCCCACCAUCACGAACACAAAAAAAACCUACCGUCAAAAGGAAGACGCAGUGGAUAGUGGGUUCUGCCGGCGGAUCAUCAACUACCACUGGAACAGUACUGUCGAUGUCAUCGCCAACUGAAUCACAGAGAAUGAAUGCCGACGAUGAUUCAAAGCUUGAGACAGCAAAGGUGAAUCUUUUUUUGGCCGCAUUUUUAAUGGUUCGCUUAAGAGCUGAAACGUAA